AUGGUUAGUAAGGAAACCAGCAAAUGCGUACUCACAACGACGGCGACUGAAGUGGAGCCCGCUGCCUGCCUGGCCCUGGAGAUGAGAUAUGCCCUGGAUCCCAACCGGCAGAUUAAAAAGCGGAAUAAAGCCCUGCAGGUGCGCUUUAAGGAUAUCUGCGAGGCGCAGAACGAGCAGCGGGACACGCAGCUCGCCUCGGGGCAGCUGGGCGACAAGCGGGAGGCCAAGCCCGCGUCCUACCGGGCCGCCUACCGCAAGUACAUGACCGUGCCCGCUCGGAGGUCCAUCCCCAACGUCACCAAGAGCACGGGCGUGCAAACCUCACCGGACCUGAAGAAGUGUUACCAGACGUUCCCGCUGGACCGCAAAAAAGGAACGCUCAAGGGCAUCGCAGGCGCCGACGCCUUCAAAAGCCAAAACAACGGGUUUGUGAUAGAUGCGAAAGCGAAGCGUGAGGAGGGGCCGGGGGAGGAGGCGCGGUGGGGCGCCGGCCGGGUUCAGAAGACCACGGCCUUGGUCUUCCACUCCGACGAGCACGUGAACGCGCUGGACCAGCCGGCCGGGCUCAACUGCGCGGACACCUGCCCAAGCCCGGAGCCGCGCAGCCCCCGAGACGCCCCUCCCCGGAACGCCACCCGGCCUCCGUCCCAAGAGCCCCACGACCAGCCCCACGGGAAAGCGAAGCACGACGGCGCCAGCCCGGACACCGAGGAGCCCGCUCCGCCCGCCCACGGGAGGGUGUUUAAGACGGAGGUGGCCGCCGUUUACGCCCCCAGCGCCAAGGCCCCCCAGCGGGCCCUGUCGCAUUCUGCCCCCUCCAGCGAGUGGUCCCUCUGCCCCGCGGCAGACCAGGAGCGGAGGCGGGCCGCACAGGCCAACGGGCUCCAGGCCCCGCCGGGCAGCGCCCUGGCCUGCGCCCCCCUGACGCAGUGCCUGUCCCCGGAAUGUAGCGAAGCGCCCCUGCAGACUCAGGCCCCGCCGGGGCAGGAGCCCCAGCCUGGUCCGCCAGCGCUCGCGGUGGGCGACGAAUGCCAACAAAUCGUGCCUCCCACGGAAGUGGUCGACCUGAAAGCACAGCUGCAGAUGAUGGAGAACUUGAUCAGUUCGAGCCAAGAAACCAUCAAAGUGCUCCUGGGGGUCAUUCAGGAGCUGGAAAAAGGAGAGGCCCAUCGCGAAGGGCUUUCAUAUCGGACGGGGCAAGACACAGCUAAUUGUGACACAUGCAGGAACAGUGCAUGUAUUAUCUAUAGUGUGGAGCUAGAUUUUAAGCAGCAGGAAGACAAACUCCAACCAGUUCUGAGGAAACUCCAUCCUUUUGAGGAAACUCAGGUUACACCCUCGCCUUACUCUCAGGAGAUUUACUCCUCAACUCCCAAGCAAAAAUCCAAAACUGAAUCUAAAAAGCACGGACGGUGGAAACUCUGGUUCCUUUAAAACCCAUGGUGUUUGGAGUCUCGAGGCCGUCUUUCGAACCCACUGGAGGUCACGGCAAAUCCUUUUGCAACACGAACAGGGUGGAGCGAACGGUGGCCGCCUCGGGGGCCACCCAGUUCUCCCCUGCUUUUACCAAAAAGGCCUUUGUUAUAACAGAUAACAGACACAAGGUGGUAAAUGGCACACCUUGCCAGCUGUUCUUUGCAGCUCCCGGAUGUGGGACGUAAGAUCGGAAACAAAACGUACGUCGUCAGAGAUGAGAAGUAAAUAAUUCUCUGCCCCCACCCCAGAUCGGCAAGUAGUAUGUUAUCCGCCUGCAAAGUGGCAGGCUGUCACUCUGUACACAGCUAAAACGCAUCAUUAUUUUCGAGCCUUUAUUAUGAUUAUUUUUUGUAACUACCGAGAAGAAAAAACAAGUAGCCCUUAUGUUUGCAAAGGACUUCAUUUUUAUGUUUACUUUUGCAAAGAAGUGGGGGGCAAGUGCAAUUUUCAGCACAUCAAAUUCCGGAGAAAGCACAAUUUUUUCAAGUGGUCGGAGACCAUGCGUAAUCUCUCAAAUGUGACUAUAUGUAUAUUUGCCUUCAUGUGCUGUAGCGCUAAGCCAAGUGACCACGUCUCAGCGUCACACUGACACCUCAAAUGCAGCAUCCGCUUCAUCUCCAGACCCGCGACACGCUUCCUCCUCAUUCUCCAAAUGGCCAGCAGCCAGGAGUCCCCCAAAGUCAGGACAUGCCCUUAAUCACUGCAAGUCGACAGGGUCAGAGCUAUCGGACGCUAAGCUCUCUUAGAUCUCAUUUUUAAUCUUUUGGUACCCAAAGGCCAAAUGAUACAUUCUGGCAAGACACACACAGAGAUACACAGUGGCUAAUGCAGUCCCAUUAAGUCGCAGACGGACCCUGCCACCAGAAAACGUUUCCGUGGCUCCCUCGUUGAGGCGCUGUGCACACGGAAGCUCGGGCAGCCGUUUGAUAACAACCGUGGAAGACCUGACCAUCUCAAAGAGAAACCGCGUGCUUAGUUUAGCUGCUCUACCAACAAACCAACUUAAUGUCAUCUACAUUUAACCUGUUAGUGAGCUGUACUACAUGACAUAUCUAGGGGAAAAGCUGUGAAUCAAAUGUUUUUAGGUCUUUUUUAAAUAAAUCGUGACACUUAGAGUUCUCUUUUGAUUACACAUUGCAAUAUAAAUCUUAGUUCCUUUAUUUUUUCACUCAUUCCUUUGCACCUUUGCAGCUAUCUUUUUAUAGAACUCAAAAGCCCCUAGUCUGUGGAUGACUCUGUCUACCAAGUUUUGGCUUUUCACAAGAGGAAGUCAGGAACUUCUUUUGCCUUUUUUUUUUUUUUUUUUUUUUUUUUUGUACAACUUCAAUUCUGAGUAGUUUGUGAACGUACACUAAAAGCCGAGUCUUCUGGUGUCUGUCCAGCAGUUUCAGACGUCCUCUCGUGCUCACACGCGCCUCUCAGUGAUGAGUCAGAUGCCAAUAAAAAGUGGUCCGCCUUGGUAAAAGGAUCACUACUUAAGUUCCUCGGAUUGGAGCUAUUUCUUGCCAUGCGUUUUCAUCCCGACUCAACGCAAAUCUACUUUUGUUCUAAGUGUUUUGAGGCUCCGAGGAUCUUAGUGAUCAGCAGUCAGACCUGGACUUGAGACUGAAUGAAAGAAGUAUCUCACGCAAGCAUCCUUUGGGGGGUUCCUCAAGCUCUAUCCGCAGAUGUAUGCUUUAAUUAAAAGAGGAAAAAAAAUGUAUCUUUUGUGGAAACAAUAUAUGAGGAUACAAAUCCUUGAAUAGGAGUUGACAGAAUUGAGGAAUAUUUUUGGGCUCAAGGAAGGCUGAGUGAGUUGAUCGCCUAUCACGAAGGAAGUGCACUUGUUUUGUGUAGAGAUGAAAUUCCCCCCAAAAUGUGUUUCAUGUAUUUUAUACUGUUUUUAAACUCAAGUUAUAAAAAUGUUUGCAACAAGUUCUCUCUUCUUGUGUUUUAAGAAUCCCAACUAUCUCAGUAACUGAAAUAAGGGUGUUAGCAGCUUUUUAAUUGGUACUCUUAAUUCUGUCUAAACAAGAGGACAUCCUAGUAAUAAACAAAGUCACAUCAUUGUGUGAAAGCAGUCGAGACACCAAAAAAAAAGGGAAUUAACAUUUUCAGAGUCAGAAAAGGAACUGAAGGUAAACGAAUUCCUAUUUAAAAAUUAAACUAUCUGCAGAAUAGAAAAAAAAAAUUUUUCCAACUCAUUUCACAGUUUAAUUGCAAUGUGUUACUAAAAGAUGAUGACUCUUCUCUUAGAGAGAUUUAGGUAAAAUCUUUGAUACAAAACCAAGGUUAAAAAGUACCGUGUUCCCUCCUAUGUACCUGUACACAUGGCGUUACGUAGAGAGAUUAAAUUAUUA